GGGGAGCCCCAGUGGCGGAGGCUGCAAAAGUUGGGGGAGUGCGCAAGAAGGACUACGGAGCGCACGCGGGACGAAGCUGCGAUUCGGGGCGCUGGUCCCAGGUAGGGGGAGCAGGAGCUGGCCGGGUAGGUGCCCCACCGCGGAGCGUGCAUCUUUUCUGGGCGGUGCAUGAAAGAGAAAGGUGUACGCGCGGGCAGAAACGCUUGUUGGUCGACUUGCAGUAGCGUGGUGAGAGUGUAGCUCUGGUGUUGAUGGCGAGAGACUGGAGCGGAAUGAGGAUCCGUAUCGGAGUGGAGUCUACUGGACGCGAAGUAGGGUGGUUGGAAUUGCAGCACGGUGGAAGCCGCAGGGGGUUGAGGUUGGUGUCGGGAGUGGGGACUUGUCCAACAAGCAGCUGGUCUUAGUUCAGUCUCCCCGGGUGCCCCAAGUUAGGUCCUCGGCGUUCUGGACUUGAUGCUGACAGGGGUAUUAGUACACUGGGGAGAAGGUACAGAGCUCUGGUGCUGCUGGGAUCUUUCGGAUUCCAACUAGGAUUUGAUUUCCAAAAGGAUCCUUUCAGGCUGUCAGCCCUUCGCCUCAUGCCCCAGUGUGGGGUGUAUGUGGGUGUGUAACUGUGUGUGAUUUAAGCACUUUAAAGGCAGUAUUAGUUUGGAGGGAUUUCCACUUCGAACUUUUUGUCUGCAUUCCUGCAAAACACCUCUGGAUUACUGAAGGAAAUGGCUAGUCUGGUGUUGGAACGGUAGAGAGGUGCGUGCUAUAUAUUAGAAUAUGUCCGUUUAGAGUCAGGGUCAAAAUAUCUGGAAGCACAGGGAGGGUCGUUUUAGCAGUAGCUUGGAUCCGGUGAGGUAGGUGUGUGUUUGCUUGUGCGCGUUCCUAUUUGCACAGAUAGAUAUGUGGAAACCCUUUUCCUUGGAAACCUGUUUGGAAGUUGCUAAUUGCUACCUAAAGGAUUCUCCCUGUCUUCCAUUCCAGCCUGUAUGCUCAUCGCCUCUGUACUCCCUCCCCCAGUAGUCCCAGUUGGAUUUUUCAGGCAGAGUGCAGUCUGAGGCUUGUUCAGUCUAACAGUGCAAACUACCUUGUUGCCAGGACCUGCCUGAAGCCGGAUUCCCUCUUUCAGCCCCGCCUCUUCCUCCUCCCUGUGGGAUGCCCCCACCAUGGGGCUAGAUGCAUCUCCUGUUGCUGAAUACCUGCAUGGCCGUGGGGGUGUGUGUGUGUGUGACUUGGUGGGGGUUGAUCCGGAUGUGGGACGUCCUAGUGGAGAAACAGGAUUUGAAUAAGGUUGGAACAAACGCCCAGUCCUGCAUGGCUGCCACCUUUCUUCCUUCACCUAGGCCCAUCCCUGCCCAGGCUGUCCUAGUGCAGGCAGAUGUGGCUGCCCUUAUCUCUUGCAGGUACUGUGUGCCUGUAGACACCACCACUGGACAGGUGGGGCCAGAGUUUUGAGGGGCUCUUUUGUCUGGGGUCAGGGGGCUUCCUGGGUGCUUGGCUAGGAAUUGGUAACAGCCUUUGGCCCAUUACUAUCCCCUUGAUUACGGUACUUUACAUUCCAGCUUGAUUUCUUAGUUUUGCUUGCUGGAUAGGGGAGCUCAGUGUGUGUAGAUCACCCACAUGACAGUGGAAGGGGGACAGGACUGUCCUGAUGCCUUCUUUGCAUGAUUUUUGGGCAGUCUAUGAAUUGAAGGGUCUCUCCUGAAUGAAAUGUCUGUUCCUUCAGGGCCUCAGAAUUAGGGGUGUGUAACCCCUUUGCCCAAGCUCCUAAAGGCUUCAGGACUGACAUUUAGGCUUAGACCUAGGGAGGUACAGGAUGUCUUAGAUCCAUCCAUUGAUAGAGAGUCCUUCUUUCUCAUAACCCCCUUAAGACUUUUGUGGGACUCCAAAAGUUCUUUUAUACAAAUAAUUAGGAAGCUGGGUGUGGUGGCACAUGCCUGUAAUUGCAGCACUCAGGAGGCUGAGGCAGGCGUAUUGCCACAAUUUCAAGGCCAGCCUGAGCUACAUAAGGAGACCCUGUCUCAAAACAAACAGCGCAGAAAUUCCUCUAAGAGACUGUCCCUUCUAGACAUCUAGAGGGCUGUUCUUGUAGACUUCUGCUUCCUUUUUCACUUUUCUCAAGCAUAUAUGGCCAUUAAAAAUAUGGCACUGAGACAAGUGUGGUGGCGCACGUCUAUAAUCCCAGCACUCAGGAGGCUGAGGCAGGAGGUUCUUUCUUUCUUUCUUUUUUUUUGUCUUUUUUGAGACAGGGUCUCAUUAUGCAGUUCAGACUGGCCUUGAGCUCACUUUGUAGCCCAGGCUGGUCUCGAACUUACAAAGAUCCUCCUCCCUCAGCCUCCUGAGUGCUGGGAUUACAGGCAUGAGCCACCAUGCCCUGCUCAAGGCAGGAGGUUCUUGCAAGCUCAAGAGCAGCCUGGGCUAUAUAGUGAGCUCAAGGCCAGCCUGUACUGCAUAGUGAGAUCCUGUCUCAAAAAGACAAAAAAAAAAAAAAAAAAAAAAAAAAAAAAAAAAGCACUGUGCUGGAGAUUGAGGCAGGAGGAUUAUCAUGCGUUUGAGGCCAGCCUGGGCUACAUAGGGAGUUCAAGACCAGUCUAAAUUUGUCUCAACAAGGCAAAACAAACACAUAAAUGAACAGAAAAGCCCCCAAAGAUCUGAUGCCAGUUACCUAAUCCUCUGAGGAGCUGGGGAUGGUGAGGAGCCCUGGUUUCUCUUUUUUUUUUUUGCUUCUGAACGUAUCCCAGGCAAUAGUAUAAGUACCAGGGCCAAAUGGCAAGAAUGGGGUGCAUGCAGGAUUUGCUGCCUUUGCUUAGCAUACAGGGUGGAGGUGCGAGGCCCCAGUGCUCCAGUGCACUGCUACUUGGGCCACCUUACACAUCUGGACCUCCACUCCCAGCCUCUCUUCUAUCCUCAGGAUGUCCGUCUCCUCAGGCAUCACGGAGGUAGGAGAAGAUAGGGCAUGCAGAGGCUGGAGUGAACCUGGGAAUAUUCCCAGGAAGUACCUGGUUUGAGAAACAACAAAUCUGUACCUGGGAGCUGGGCUGGGGCUCCUUUGGCUUUUCUGUACCCCUCCCCAUGCUUUCUCUGGUGGGGGAGGGGCUAGAGGCUGGAGGAACACAGCUUUGGCCUCUUCUAGUAGAGAAGAGCUGGCUGGAUGCCUUCUUUGGGGUUCCCAGGCUGGCUGGAUAUGGCUGGCCUUCUGACUGAGCCCGCUGAGUCUGGGCCACUGCCCAUGGUUUUUGUGGCACUAGGCAGGGAUCAGGAACCCUGGGUUCUAGACUGUGCCCUUGGUGCCUUUGUCCCAUCUGUAGGCCCCCACCUGGCUGUACUGGGCCUGUCUUUUGACACUAGGCUUCAGACUUCACUCACUCUUUGCCUUCUAUGCCUUGGUCUGUUUCUUCUUUAGAGAUGCCCUGUAUCCAAGCCCAAUAUGGGACACCAGCACCAAGCCCAGGACCUUGUGAUCACCUGGCAAGUGACCCUCUGACCCCUGAGCUCAGCAAACCAACCAUGGACCUGGCCAGCCCUGAGGCGGCCCCUGCUGCCCCCACUGCCCUACCCAGCUUCAGCACCUUCAUGGAUGGCUAUACAGGAGAGUUUGACACCUUCCUCUAUCAGCUGCCAGGAACAGUCCAGCCGUGCUCUUCAGCUUCCUCCUCUGCCUCAUCCACGUCUUCAUCUUCAGCCACCUCUCCCGCCUCUGCUUCAUUCAAGUUUGAGGACUUCCAGGUGUACGGUUGCUACCCUGGCAGCCUGAGCGGCCCACUAGAUGAGACCCUGUCCUCCAGUGGUUCUGACUACUAUGGCAGUCCCUGCUCAGCCCCCUCGCCAUCCACACCCAGCUUCCAGCCGCCCCAGCUCUCUCCCUGGGAUGGCUCAUUUGGCCACUUCUCCCCCAGCCAGACUUAUGAAGGCCUGCGGGCAUGGACAGAGCAGCUGCCCAAGGCUUCUGGGCCCCUGCAGCCAGCAGCCUUCUUUUCCUUCAGUCCCCCGACUGGUCCUGGCCCCAGCCUGGGCCAAAGUUCCCUGAAGUUGUACCCCUCCCAGGCCACCCACCAGCUGGGAGAGGGAGAGAGCUAUUCCAUGCCAGCUGCUUUUCCAGGCUUGGCGCCCACUUCCCCACACCUCGACAGCUCAGGGAUGCUGGAUGCACCUGUGACUUCAGCCAAGUCCCGGAGUGGCACUUCAGGUGGAAGUGAGGGCCGCUGUGCUGUGUGUGGGGACAAUGCCUCUUGCCAGCAUUAUGGGGUCCGAACCUGUGAGGGCUGUAAAGGUUUCUUCAAGCGCACAGUGCAGAAAAGCGCCAAGUACAUCUGCCUGGCAAACAAGGACUGCCCUGUGGACAAGAGGCGGCGGAACCGCUGCCAAUUCUGCCGCUUCCAGAAGUGCCUGGCUGUGGGCAUGGUGAAGGAAGUUGUCCGGACAGACAGCCUGAAAGGUCGACGGGGCCGGCUACCUUCAAAACCUAAGCAGCCCCCAGAUGCCUCCCCUGCCAAUCUCCUUACCUCCCUUGUCCGGGCACACCUGGACUCAGGGCCCAGCACCACCAAACUGGACUACUCCAAGUUCCAGGAGCUGGUGCUGCCCUGUUUUGGGAAGGAAGAUGCUGGCGACGUGCAGCAGUUCUAUGACCUACUCUCCAGUUCUCUGGAGGUUAUCCGAAAAUGGGCUGAGAAGAUCCCCGGUUUUGCUGAGCUAUUCCCGGGUGACCAGGACCUGUUGCUGGAGUCAGCCUUCCUGGAGCUGUUCAUCCUCCGCUUGGCCUAUCGAUCUAAGCCAGGCGAAGGGAAACUCAUCUUCUGCUCAGGCCUGGUGUUGCACAGGUUGCAGUGCGCUCGUGGCUUCGGUGACUGGAUUGACAGCAUCCUGGCCUUCUCAAGAUCUCUGCACAGUUUGGCCAUUGAUGUCCCUGCCUUCGCCUGUCUCUCUGCUCUUGUCCUCAUCACUGAACGGCAUGGCCUGCAGGAGCCACGGCGGGUGGAAGAGUUGCAGAAUCGCAUUGCCAGCUGUCUGAAGGAGCACAUGGCAGCCGUGGCAGGUGAGCCCCAGCCGGCCAGCUGCCUAUCACGCCUGUUGGGCAAACUGCCCGAGCUGCGGACCCUGUGCACCCAGGGCCUGCAGCGCAUCUUCUACCUCAAGCUGGAGGACUUGGUGCCCCCUCCACCCAUCGUUGACAAGAUCUUCAUGGAUACACUGCCCUUCUGACCCUGGCCCCAAGCAUGUGUGCACAAGUAUGUGCGCUCUUACGCCACUCCACGUGCCUUUAGCCCACGGCCCACGGACCCCCAGAGCAUCCUCUGGCCUGGGCUUGGGCUGCAGACUGACUCAUCUCCAUACCUGCUGUAGGAGAUUGGCAGGAAGCUCAAGUCCUGGGGAAGGGGCUGCAUUCAUGGUGGUGACCCCACAAUUUGUCUUAUUACCCCAACCUGGCCCUGGCCUUCGUGUUUUUUGUAAGAUAAACCAUUUUUAACACGUGCCGCUGUGCUGUAAAUAAGCCGAAUGCUGCUGUAAAUACAGGAAGAGGUUGAGGGUGGGGGUUGGGAGGAAGGGAUGGCCCCCUACCAGCCAAUCAAACCUUCCCAACCUCCUUCAACUUGUUCUCUCUUCCCACCCUCCUUUCACAUGUACAUAAACUGUCACCCGAGGAAGAAGACAAAUGACAGAUUCUGACAUUUAUAUUUGUGUAUUUUUCUUGGAUUUAUAGUAUGUGACUUUUCUGAUUAAUAUAUUUAAUAUAUUGAAUAAAAAAUAGACAUGUAGCUGAAA